AUGGUGUGCCCCGUGACAAGGGCGGUUUCGCUCCUCAAGUUCGUGGGCACCGUGUCCCUCGGCCUGCUGACGGGCGUCUCCUACACCGUCUCGACUCUCACCCUCCCAACCCUUCUCCGUCUUCCAUCCUCCGCUUCCGCUUCCGCCGCCAUAUCAUCCCUCACCGCGGCUCUCAGAUCCCCAGUUCUCGCCCUCACGGCCCUCUCAUCGGCCCCGCUCUUCCUCUCCUUCGUUCUCUCCCCUCGUUCGGUCCGCCACCCCUACUUGCUCUACACCUCCCUCCUCGCCGUCCUCUCGACCGCCGCCCCUCGGCUUCUCUCGCCCUCGACGACCUGUCCCAGUGGCCGAAAUCAGCAGGCUCCGAAGAAGGCUUCGUCUCGUGCGCCCCGCAUGGAUUCCAGCUACGAAGUCCUAGGCGACGUCCAUAGCGAGGCGACGAGCGAGGAGGACAUGGAAAACGUCAAUGGUGAGGAUGUCAGAGCCGAGGUCGAGACCUUCGCCAAGGCCUAUGUUGUCCGGACUGGUCUCGCAGCAGUCGGCUUUGCCAUGGCCGUUCUUGGCCUCUGGGGAGAUGGCUCGCCUCAGGCGGUUGUCUACAUCUCGUAA